GCAGCAUAAAGGCGCGCGGAGAGAAGAGGAGCAGCGCGAGGCAUGGAGAGGAGGGGUCACCGUCACCUGUAGCGCGCGAGAGAGAGACACAGUUGGCGUGCGGGUGCAGCGUCGUCUCGGUGGAGUCUUCAGGCUGCCAUGAUGACAAAUGAGCGAUACAGCGCGGUUCCCAGCACAGACAAGGAGGUGGACAUCAUCAACAUCAAAGGAAUCGAGGAGAUUGGAUAUGUCCAGCAGGAUUCUAUACUGCUGAACUCUCUGACUCCGGAGGAGACGGCUCAAUGCCGGCACGGCCUGUACUUCCAGGAUGGGGAGCGGAGAGUGGAUUACGUUCUGACCUACCAGGUAAAGAAGCCCAGCGGCUCUCGCGCCCGCAGGCACUCCUCACGCUUCACCGACAACGCCCUGACCCGCAGCCUGCGGCGCACCCGCACCCAAACGCGCUCUGCUGAGCCGGACCCCGAACCGGGCCCGCAGGAGACCAGCGCUGACCACCAUGAGGACGACAAGCGCUUCCGUCGUGAGGAGUUCGAGGGGAACCUGAGGGAGAUGGGGCUGGAGCUGGAGAAGGACGAGGACGGAAAGACUCCAGGCGUGGGCUUCGUGAAGAUCCACGCUCCAUGGAACGUUCUUUGCAGGGAGGCGGAGUUCAUGAAGCUGAAGAUGCCGACAAAAAAAGUGUACGAGGUCAAGCAGAGCAGCAGCGUAAUGGAGAAGAUCAACACGUUCAUCAGCAAAGUGACAGAUCCACUUCACCCCAACGUGGAGGAGAACAGAAUCGAGAACGUGAAGCACCUCUCCCACCCGUUCUCCAGAGAAAAGCAGCACCUGUUCGAUCUGUCCGACAGAGACUCCUUUUUUGACAGCAAAACAAGAGGCUCAAUAGUGUUUGAAGUUUUGAAGAGAACUAAAUGCACAAAGUCUAAGUUCAGUAUGGGAAUAACCAGCCUGCUGGGCAGCGGCGCGUACCUGGCUGCGUACCCUCUACACGACGGUGAUAUAGACGGAGAGAAUGUGGAGCCGAAUGACAGGAAGCUGCUGUAUGAGGAGUGGGCCAGUUACAGUGUCUUUUAUAAAUACCAGCCCGUCGGCUUGAUCAGGAAGUAUUUUGGAGAGAAGAUCGGACUGUACUUUGCAUGGCUGGGUGUUUAUACUCAGAUGCUGAUUCCAGCCUCUUUAGUGGGAGUGAUCGUGUUCCUGUACGGCUGCGUUACCGUGGACGACGACAUCCCCAGUAUGGAGAUCUGUGACAGUAGGAGGAAUAUAACAAUGUGUCCUCUGUGUGACCGAGUGUGUAGUUACUGGACUCUGAGCUCUGCGUGUGGGACGGCGCGCGCCAGCCACCUGUUUGACAACCCAGCCACUGUCUUCUUCUCCAUCUUCAUGGCACUGUGGGCGGCGUUCUUCAUGGAGCACUGGAAGCGGAGGCAGAUGCGUCUGAACUAUGAAUGGGAUCUCACAGGCUUUGAGGAGGAGGAGGAAGCACAGAAGGACCACCCGAGAGCGGAGUACGAGUUCAGAGUGAUGCAGAAAUCUCUCAAAAAAGAACACAAAGCACAAAAGAGGCCUACAGGAGAGUCGUCUGUAAAUAAAUGGAAGCGAACUGUUCACUCAGUCAUGAGGGGCCAGAAGAUGUCAGAGAAAGAGAAGCUGACCUGUAGAGACAGAUGUCCAGCCUAUAUGACUAAUAUCGUCAUGAUGUUGUUAAUGAUCGGCGUGACAUUUGCGAUUGUAUUUGGAGUCAUUCUGUACCGCAUUUCCACCAAAGCAGCGCUGCACAUGAGCUCCAACCCCACCACCCGCUCCAACGUGCGACUCACUGUCAAAACCACAGCUGCCAUCAUCAACCUGGUGGUCAUCCUGAUCCUGGAUGAGGUGUACGGAGCUGUGGCUCGCUGGCUCACCGAGCUCGAGGUGCCAAAAACGGACAAGAGCUUUGAGGAGCGACUGAUAUUCAAAACCUUCAUCCUGAAGUUCGUGAACGCUUUCAGCCCCAUCAUAUACAUUGCCUUUUUCAGGGGCAGGCUUGUGGGUCGUCCUGGUAGCUACCUGUAUGUCUUUGAGUCGUACCGAAUGGAGGAGUGUGCUCACGGCGGCUGUCUGAUGGAGCUGUGUAUUCAGCUCAGUAUUACUAUGCUGGGAAAACAACUCAUCCAGAACAACCUGUUUGAGAUCGGCAUCCCGAAACUGAAGAAGCUCAUUCGCUACAUUAAGUCGAAGCGAAGUGCCUUUCAGGAGGAGGAGCGAGAGAAGAAGCUCCAGCGCUACGAGACUGAUUUCUUCCUGGAGCCUUUCGCUGGUCUCACCCCCGAGUACAUGGAGAUGAUUAUCCAGUUUGGCUUUGUGACGCUGUUCGUGGCCUCGUUUCCGCUGGCCCCGCUGUUCGCUCUCCUCAACAACAUCAUCGAGAUCCGUCUGGAUGCCAAGAAGUUCGUGGCGGAGCUCAGGAGGCCAGUAGCAGCUCGAGCAAAAGACAUCGGUAUCUGGUAUAAUAUUCUCAGAGGAGUUGCAAAGAUAGCAGUUAUAGUGAAUGCCUUCGUUAUUUCCUUCACCUCCGACUUCAUCCCUCGCCUGGUGUAUCAGUACAUGUUCAGCCCCGAUGGCUCCAUGCACGGCUUCGUCAACCACACGCUGUCCUACUUCAACGUCAGUCACUUCCAGAAUGGCACAGCGCCCCUAGAGCCGGAGAACCUGGGCUUCUCCGUGGACAUCUGCAGGUAUAAAGACUACAGAGAACCGCCGUGGUCUCCGACGCCGUAUGAGAUGUCUAAACAGUUCUGGGCGGUUCUGGCUGCAAGACUUGCCUUCGUCAUCGUCUUUCAGAAUGUGGUGAUGCUGAUGAGUGAUGUUGUCGACUGGAUCAUCCCCGACAUCCCUAAAGACAUCAGCGUGCAGAUCCACAAAGAGAAGAUCCUGAUGGUGGAUCUGUUCAUGAAGGAGGAACAGGGGAAGCUGCAGGUUCUAGACAACUUGACCACUGACGGAGAGAAGGAGAACAGCUCUGCCCAUGGUCCACAGCUCCGCCCACGCGCCGUCUCGCACACACAGAGCAACAGCUUCUAGCAUCCGGCCAGCGUCAGCGUGUCUGUUCGCUGUACGUCCGUCUUUAUCUUUGUUCUGACAUUCCACAGACAGACAGGCAGGCAGGCAGACAGACAGACAGUGAGUCAGUCAGCCAGUCAGACAGACAGUGAGACAGACAGACAGACAGCCUGGCUGACUAACACAAAGCUUCCGCUUCUUCGCUCUGUGGAAAGCGGAAGUGCCGACCUGUGGAUGAUGCAGGGCUGUCCAGCUUUAGUCCAGCACGCUUCAGUGAUUCCUUUGAUCAAACACGCCUGUUCUCCAGACUCAUUCGGUUUAUUUAUGUACCAAGACUCACGAGGGGAACCCGUCCACCUCUGCAGUUAGGACAGAACCAGGAAAGUUCAGAGUAUAAAAUGGAUUAACAGAUAGACUGAGACUGACUGACGAUCAGUGUUGGACGUUCAUCAGAGUGACUGAACUGACUGCUGUGUUCAACAUACAGAACAUAGAACAUUUACCUGAAAUCAAUGUGAGAACUUGGUAGGAGUUCAACGUGAACAAUCCAGAAACAAAUGGCUGUCCAGCUGGUGUGAUUAGACCAAUUAGUGACUAAUUAACCAAUUUAAAUUGAAAUUAGUGAAUUAAAGACAGCAUAAAACAGUAUCAGUUCACUGAUAAUAUCAUACGUCACUGCAGUGGCUCUCAGACCGGUUCCCCAGACGCUCCGCAUGUUUGCUCAGUGCCGACUCCCAGCACCAAGAGAUUAGAACAAAAACAUGGACCAGCUGGGGUUCCUGAGGACCAUUAUGAGAACCACUUUGAGAACCAGUUUGAGAACUACUGCAAUAUGUGUACUGAAAUACUGCAGCAGUUCAUCUGCCAAAGUCCAAAUAUCAGAUCAGCCUCUCUGGGUUUAGACGUUGCUGCAGGGCUAAAGAGGCCUAACAGGUCCAGAGUUCAGGAGGAACUAAAGCAGAACGCAGCAGCUGAAGUUACCAGGUUUAGUGUGUUUGAGAAGGUAAAGCACCACAAAUACGUUUAUUUUAUUUAUAUAAACACAGAAAAUCACACAAAAACAAGAUCCUAUGCAGAUAAACUGACCAGUGCAGUUUACCGCAGACUAAUAAAUCAGCUGCCCUUUCAGAUGAAGCUGGACACCCCUGACCGACACUGCGGCGGACCACAAACAAAACAAUGGGUCAGCUCUGUUACCUCUAUUGCACAGCUGUCCUGAGUAGAUCAGCAGACGUUUCUCAUUAUUCAGUCACACUGUACGUCUUUAAUGUAUCCCAUUCUCAAAGUGAUAACGAGGUUCUGCUUGUAGAUGUUCAAUGGUGAGAAAAUGGAGUUCCUGGGCUUCGGUUCUGAACACUUUAUUGUCUUCUUGUAAUUUUGUUUUCUGUGUCUGAUCUGGCCCCAUUCAUAUUUUCACAUUAAACUCUGCUGGAUUUGAUUGUGAUUUUAAUUACAAACUAAGAUGUUUAACUGAACCAGCACACAGUUGAGUGAAGUGUGUUGAAUAUUUCUAUGAAUUAUUCCCAUAAACAACCAUUAAUACUGUAAUAAGUGCAUAUACUAAAACAAACCAGAAACAUGGCAGUGCGUGUUAUUUUUAAAACCUGUUAUUAAUUCCAUGUUUUCUUCAUUUCAGCAGAAUUACUACUGCAGUUCAGAUCUACUGUGGAUCAGAUCUAGUGUAGUUUAGAUCUACUGUGGUUCAGAUCUACUGUGGAUCAGAUCUAGUGUAGUUUAGAUCUACUGUGGUUCAGAUCUACUGUGGAUCAGAUCUAGUGUAGUUUAGAUCUACUGCGGUUCAGAUCUACUGUUGAUCAGAUUUACUGUAGUUUGAAUCUACUGCGGUUCAGAUCUACUGUUGAUCAGAUCUACUGUAGUUUAGAUCUACUGCGGUUCAGAACGGCUAAUAUCUGCUGAUUGUAAUGUUUUUCUAAACACAGAUGACGUUUAUUCUUGAGCUAAAUUACACAGUUAAUUGUUUCUAGACUAAUGCUCUAAACAAAAAGGGCUAAACUUGCUUCUGAAGUUUUAAAAAGCUCUUAUCUCAAUUUCAGCUGGAAUGUAAUAGGAAUUAAUUUUAGCAAAAUUAAUUCAAUAAAGUAUGAAUGAAGAACCUUAACUUUCUGGCGAACGGAGCCAAAACACAGUGUCAGAUGACGGAGACGUUUCUGAAGGGAACGGAUGCGGUGUUCCACACUUACGGGUUUAACUGCCAUUCCAUAUAUUCCAGAGCGAGAAAGUCCAGCACUGUGGUAGACAUUAAGGUUCUAACUCCAUAACAUUAAUGUUCUACCUACAAAGUGUUAAGGUUCUUACUACAAAAGAUCAGCGUACUACCUACAAAUCAAACAUCACAACAAAAUAUUUAAGUCUCAAAUACCAAAACAAAGUCUUAUCCAAAACAUUGACGUUCUGAUGUUCUGUAACAUUGGUUCUUACUCCAAAAUGUUAAGGUUCUAGUUACAAAAUAUCGUGACUCAAACUAUAAAUCAUUGCCAUCAUAACUCAAACAUUAAGGUGUUAAUUAUGAAACAUUAAGUUCCUGCCUCCUAACUGUUACGGUUCUAGCUACAAAACAUUAAAACUGCUAACUCCAACAGUGGUUUAAAGAACCAACUCCUACUCCAACAAGUAAGAAAAUAAUAAAGUUCUAAACAGUGAUGUCCUACAAGGGGUUGAGGUUCUAAUUACAAAGUGUUAAAGUUCUAACUCCACGCUGUUUCAGAGCUGGACCAGGAAUCCUGUUCUAAUCUGCAAUGUUCCCGACUACAGCAGUAUUUGAAAUGUUCUAAACUGGUUCCCUGUUUGCAGGAUUUGUGUUUCGUUUUGUAUUUUCUUAUUUUUAUAUACAGUAAAUAACAGUUCAUAUUUAUAUCUUCUGUGCUCAGUUAAAGGGUUUUAUUAGAAUGUGCUCAGUGUCCAGUUGGCAUGUUUGGUGAGAAAAGAUUUUUGGAGUGAACUUUAUACACAAUCACAGCAGAGUGUCAGUCUGACCGGAGAACCAGAGAACUGGCUACAUAUCGCUCCUCCAGGAGAAUAUAUACAUUUAAAUCA